UAUAAGUAGAGUAGGAAAAGAUUAAUUUGAAUUUAAGAUGAUGCGCAGGCUAACCUCCGUCGCCCUAAACCCCAACACCGCGGCGGCGGCGGUGGGCGUCCGCCCUCUCUCGACCAAACGACCUACCAAAACCGGCGAGGAAGAGUGGAACGACGCGUGGGAAACUGCCUGGCUUCCAGACGAUCUCUCGGGAAAAUCCUCCCGCGCCCCAUGGGAAUCCGACGUCAGCUUCUCCCUCCCCGCCGCCGCGGAAAAUCCCCAAACUGCAAUCUCCUCCCCGCCGGAAGAAAUUGACACCGAGACCAAGGCUUUCGUGGAGGAUAUGAACGAUAAUUGGGACCAGAGGAAGGGCAAAUCGGCGAAGAAGGAUUCUGAUCGGAAUGCGGCUUCUUCUUCUUCUCUCUACAGCUUGGAGAAUAUUAAGAGGGAUUAUCGCCUCACGAAGCAGAAAAUCCACGCCGGCCUGUGGGCGAAGGAGAUUGAGAAACUUGAGGAGGCUAAAUUGGGGAAUUUCGUCUCCGGCUCCGACGACAUUGAGAAAUUGCUCGAUAGUGCCUCCGAGAUAUUUGAUUCUGCAAAUAAUGAUUUGGGAAAUUCGAUAUUGGCUAGCUCCGAGCUAAAAAACAAGCCGGAUGGCUGGGAAACCACGUCGAAAAAUCCAGAGGGUAAUGUGUGGGACAUGUCACAGAGGGAAGAAGACAUCUUGGUUCAAGAGUUUGAGCGUCGCAUUGCCUUCAAUAAGUUUCAGAUUGCAAGCUUCAUUAAAACGCACAUAUUUAGCCGAAGGAGGCCUGUAGAUGGAUGGAAAUACAUGAUCGAAGUUAUAGGCCCGAAUGCAAAGAAAGGGAAGGGGAGUGUCGCAAGGAUUCCUAGUGUCUCGGAUGAAUCAACCCAACCUUACAGAGAGGAGAAGCUUCCUCUUGCAGGUACUUACCCCUCCCCAAAAAGGCGAUGAACUUGAAUUCUAUUGCCGAGUCCGGCUAGAGCUUGCAGUUACAACUUAGAAAGCAAAUAGGAGAAAGAUUUUGCUAGUGGCUUCAUCAAUGUGGUAUGCUGUCUCUAUAACAAUUUGAGUUUGAAUGUUGUCGAAAUGAUAAAAUCACAAAACACCAAUUGGUGAGUGAAAUGAAAUUCAUUUUUGAUUUUCCAAA